AUGUUGUUACAAUCUCUGAUCGGCGCCGCCUCGCUGGUCGGCGCUGCUCUUGCGCAAGACCAUAUUGCCACUGCUGGCCUGGUCCAGAACAACGCCACUGAUGCUCCAACGAGGCUGAGGUACGAUAAUGGCACUUAUGGUCCGGAGGUCGAGGAGGUGCAUUACUACUACGAUCAAUGGCCCAUAGGCAUCGCCGUAGCCUCUGAUGGCCGGAUCUUCACAACCUAUACUCGCGGCUCAGACAGAUACACCCUUGGUGUAGUCGUCAACAAGACGGCUGAAGCUCCUUACCCCAACCUGGCUCUCAAUCUGCCUGUGGACCAGCUCAACACGACGUGGAAUGGCAUCGCCUUCGGCUCGGGCAAUGCUAGUGCUUUCAUCAGUGUCCAGGCUGUUUACGUGACGAGCAAGACUUCCACUCGACCCGAGACUCUGUGGGUCUUGGACACGGGCAGGCCGACUGUGCAUAAUGCUCAAGGUGAUCCUUCGAUGCCUUAUGCGCAGCCUGGUGGACCGAAAUUGAUCGCCAUUUCCUUGACCAACGACACGAUCUACCAGACUUUCACUUUCCCAUCUACGGUUCAUUAUCCGGACAGCUAUCUGAACGACCUCCGCUUUGAUCUACGCGCCAAUGUUACCGGCACCAGUGGCAAGGGUAUUGCGUAUCUGGUCGAUAGCAGUAACGAAGGCCGGCCGGGUUUCAUCAUGCUCGAUCUUGGUACGGGCGAAAGCUGGCGCCGUCUGACCCAGGAUCCCAGUGUUCUUCGUGGGCCCAACGAUCUGCCUGUCUACCAAGGACACCCAGGUUAUUAUCGUGCGAAGGGCAUGCCAGCUUCGUGGCAGCAGGAGGGUCUGGAUGGGAUCCAGCUGAGUACUGAUGGGAUGAGGAUGUACUACUCGCCCUUGAGUCAGAAGUACCUCUACAGCAUCCCGAGUGCCAAUCUACGCGAACGUGACACGAACGAGCUUGCGGAAAUCCAUGCCCACGCCAAUGUCAGCAAUCACGGUCAACGCGGCGGCGACGCCAACGGGUUCGAAGGCGACAGUAAUGGAUUCGUCUACCAGCUUAUGCCGACGCACAACGCGGUCUUCUACUUCAACCCGGCCGACGGCCAAACUCAUUCUUUUGUCCGGGAUCCGCGGAUCGUGUGGCCGGAUGGUGGCAGUAUUGGCGCGGAUGGCUAUCUUUACCUCAAUAUCAAUCAGCUACCUUACCAGCCGGAUUGGAACAAUGGGGUGGACUUGAGGCAGCAUCCGGGUGCGAUUUUGAGGUGUAAGUUGCCUGGCAAUGGAACCAAGGUCACGAGUUUGUAUGCUUAG